CGGAUAACCAAUAACCAUUUGUAAAUUUGGCUGUAUGGUAUUUAUCAGAAAUGUAUAAAUUGGAAUGAUUCAAUCACCUGCUCGAAUUACAAGUGCCAAGGAAGUGCCGCGAAAUUUUCCCAGAAUAUUUGAAAAGAAUAACAUGUCCUGCGGGAAUUGUCAUGCUACCUACUUGGGUCCACCAUUACCGGCUGCCUGUCCUGGUGCGAGCUACCUCAUGUUUAUGUCCUUAGUGGACGUUGUUAUCAGAAACAUGUGCGACGUUGCAGAGACAUGCGAGAGAGUGACACCAAAGACGAAGCCAGAAGAUGAGUAUGAUUUUAUUGUAAUAGGAACCGGACCAGGAGGAUCUGCAACUGCAGGCAGGUUGGCUGAUCUAAAGAAAUGGAAGAUAUUAGUCCUGGAAGCUGGGCCUGAUGUACCACCACCAAUGAACAUUCCUGUAUUGACGUCACCAUACGAUACAGGAACUGGUGUAGAAUGGGGUAUCUCCUCUCCAUUCAACAAAACUAGUCCUCUGGAUUGGGGAUAUAAAACCGAACCAGAAUCAGUAGCAUAUCAAGGUUACCCAGAGAAGAGGUGUACCUGGACAAGAGGAAAAGGUCUUGGUGGCUGUACGUCUGCGACCGAGGGAUAUGUGAGAGGGAUUCCAAGAGACUUUGACGACUGGGCAGCAAUGGGAAACGAAGGUUGGAGUUAUAAGGAGAUGUUACCAUUUUUCAAGAGAUCUGAACGGAACGCCGAUAAACACUUAGUUGACGAGAAAUAUCAUGGAUUCGAAGGACCACUCACUAUAGGAAGGUAUAACUAUGCACCACCAAUGAAUGAUGAUCUCCUUCUGGCAGCCAAACAGGAAGGGUUUCCUAUGACUGACGACUUGAAUAAUGGAGAAGAUGGAAUUGUCGGCUUCACUACUAUGCAAUCAAAUGUCAAAAAUGGUCAUCGUCAGACCGUAGCGAACGCUUUCCUCAGCCCUUUGAGAAACAACCCAUACCUACACAUCAUGAUCAACUCAACGGCCUCCAAAAUAAUCUUCGACAGUAACAAAACAGCUACAGCCGUUCGGUUCGUUUAUAAAAAUAAAACCUUCACAGUGAAAGCCAAAAAAGAAAUUAUCCUGGCAGGUGGUACCAUCAAUACCCCUCAUAUCCUGUUAGUAUCUGGAGUUGGUCCAAUGGAAACUUUGAGGAACGUUGGAAUCGAUGUGGUCCAUGAUUUGCCAGGAGUUGGAAUUAAUCUAACAGAUCAUGUUUCUCUUGGGUUGGUUUACAACCUGAACAAAAUGAAGGACUUCAACGAGAUGAGCUUUCAGAAUGUCAAGUGGUACAAGGACAAGAGAGGUGGACCAUUGUCAGCUCCAGGUUUGAGACAGCUCCUUGCCAGACUCAAUUCCAAGUAUGCUGAACCAUCUGGCAAAAACCCCGAUCUCCUUUUGAUGUUUCUUGGCUUCAUUCCCAAAUGCAGCAGAACUGGUUCAUCUAAUGAAUUAGAAGAUCCCUCACAUCCCAACGAACCUGCUACUAUCCGUAUUGCGCCCGCAAUUUUGCAUCCCGAGAGCAGGGGAUAUAUUUCCAUAAAAUCGGCAGAUCUGUUUGAGAAACCAAUCAUGGUGGCAAAUUACUUGACUUCACCAAAUGAUCAGAAGGUCCUGCUGGAUGGAAUUCGAAUAUUGCAGAAAUACGCAAAUAAUUCAUACCUUAAAGAAAAGUAUGGCAUGGAACUGAAUAAAACAAAUUAUGGUGAUUGUGGAAUCAUACACGAAUAUGAUUCAGAUGAAUUUUGGAUAUGCGCUAUGAAAUAUAAAACUCUUGCUUGCAAACACCUCACCUCAAGUUGUCGAAUGGGACCAUCUUCUGACAAAUAUGCUGUAGUAGAUAGUAAGCUACGUGUGUAUGGAGUAAAGAGACUGAGGAUUGUCGAUGCGUCAGUUAUGCCUAGAACUAUUUCAGCCUAUACAUUUUCUACUACCCUAGCAAUUGGCGAGAAAGGAGCAGAUUUAAUAAAAAAAGAAUGGAUGAAUGAAACUUAGGAUUCUCAAUAUCAUAUAAUCAAGGUAUAAUUUCUUGCACCAAAUUAUGAACUUUUAUUUCCUGGAUGCUUCAUCAUAAUUCUACACAUACUGUUGUUCUUGUUCUUGAAUUCUAUAUAUCAUAUCAUUUGUUCACCAAUAAAAUAUCUAUAUGAAUAAAA